AGAUGGCAGAUGAACAGCGAAAGCGACUGUCGUUCAGAAAUCCUUCACAUCAAUCACAGGAAGUAUGGAAACUUUAUGAUUGCAUCUUGAUUUCAAAACCACCUGGAUCUGUCAUAAAUGCCAAUUCGGUAGAGAUUCCUGAGCUCAAGUUAUUAUGGGAGUUGACUGGAGAUUCUUCAGAAGUUUUAAGCAGAUUGUGUUGUAAUUGCUUGGUACAGCUAGUUGUUGAUGACCAUGCUGAAUUUGAAUAUAUCAUAAGAGGACUAUUAAGUGUGGCUCCAUCUGCAAGAAAUCUGAGUGGUAUAUCAAAAGCCUUGAGUUGUUUGCUGACCUUUCAAGUUUAUAAGUGUACUACAGCUGGUAUGGAAUAUAUAUGCCCCUUUUCUUUAAGGGCCUCUCCCCACCCAUUCAUUACACUAGUGAUAAGUUGUCCUGAAAGUGCAACAAUCCUGAUCCAAGAAGUCAGUGUUUUACUUGUAAACAGUAUCAAAAGAUAUCUCAAUUGUGAUCCUCGAUUUAUUCUACGGAUGCUGGAAUCAUUUUUUAAGUUUGUUCUUUUGGAUCCAAAUGUCACAGUUAAUUGGUUUACUAGGCAGCAACUUUUAACAACCCUCUUGCAGACAGCCAGUGCUUUACUUCAAUGUACUGAAACUGAUCACAGCCAUGAAGAAGUUACUGAGAGAAAAGUUCUUGUUGGGGAUAUUAUUGAUUUAUUGACAUCUCUUGUUCCCUGCUAUCAGAUUGAUGACAAAUCUCUCAGUCAUACAACUUUUCUUGUGCACAGUCUGACAAACUGGUUACUUGAACAUAGAAAUUCUUUCCCUGGUGGUACUAGCCAUUUGGAGCUGAUGGUGAAUCAUUUGUUUUCUUUGUGUUGCGAGAGUCUGUCUUUUGGCUCUGACAUGACAUCAUCCAUCCUCUUAUUGCAAACAAUUCAACAUCAUUGUCCACAGGCCUUCUUGCAAUUAUACAUCUUACCAACCUUGAGCAAGCUUCUUCUGGAUUCACUGGGAGACUGUUACAUUCAUAUUCUUCAGCUCUGUUUGUCAACAGUGCAAACUCAAUUAAAACAUUUCAAGCCUGACUGCCUGUUUCUCCCCGUCAGUCAUUUAUUUCUUGUGCAACCAAUACUUCAAAUUAUAACAUCACCUCCCAGGCAGACAUUCAGCAUAAGGAUGCAGGGUGGCACUGUGCAUUCUUUACACUGUAAAGCUCUCAAGAUCUUAGGAUUUGUGGAAAACAAUGUUAUUCCCCUAAUUGAGGAAAACCAAACUAAGACUAUUGGGAAUACUCAUCAGCACUAUGCUUCAGCUCUGAGUUUGUGUAUCAGACAGAUGACAGCCUGUGCUGAAGAAAUGAUCAUCUUAAUUAGAAACACCAAAUCUACAAAGCACUGGCUGAGCAAUUUACAGAAGUCAGUAGCUUCACACCGUCGCCUGCUAAGUCAUGUUCCUUUGAUGUUGUCUGCAUUGUUGGUGACUUCACAAGGAUCUCUUGCUAUGGAAGUCUUAGAAGUUAUCCCAAUUUUAGCAAAGGCAGAUCCAUCACAGGCUGUUACUUUUCUGCCAUUAAUACUCUAUAAACUUAGUAAAGAAGUUGAUUCUGAAGUGAAACAGUAUGCUCUGUACACUAUACCACAACUUGCCACUCACAAGUUUUGUAUAGGUCCUGUGUUACGCACGAUUCAGACAAUAGGAAAGUGUCCUCUUCUUAAGCCUGUUUCUCUGAGACUGAUUUGCAAGUUGUGGCAGUCAAAUAACCGAGUGUUUCCGCACCUUCAGAAAGCACUGAGUUCAGUAGUUGACUCCAAUUUGGGAGCUGAAUUGGAUUUGGAGAUUAAGAUUGCUCAAGCAGCUUGUUUAUUAGACAUCUGCAAGCUUAGGCCCUCUCAGCACGGUGAAGAUCUACUUGGUUUGCUGUCCAAAUUGCUUGAUGAGAAUACAAAGCCAGGCGAGACUAAAAACACUCCCUCUGCAUUAGUGGUAUCAUUAGCACUGCAAGCCCUGGAACAGCUUUGUAAAGCUGAGGUUGUCGAUCUAUGCACUGCGUGGAAAGUCCUUUCCGUGAAGCUUGGCAUGGACAGACGGCCCCAAGUUCUGUGCAGUAUUUGUCAGUUGUUCAGAAUUGUAUCCGACCUGGUCUCUAACUCUUCAGUUUAUCUGGAUUUUAAGAAUGAAGUACUUACCUUUCUAUGGUCGUUAACGCAGCAUGAGGAGUCGCCUGUCGCUCAUGCUGCUUUCACGACUUUGUCAAUAUUUCAUCCAUCUGAUUUCAAGCUGAUUCAUCUUCCUCCAAAGAUCUACCUUCCACUGAAAGAAGAAUUGCUGGCGUCUAAGAAAAAACUUGAUGGCAACGUGGAUGAAGAGUAUGAUGAAGCCGCUGUACAACAAUCCAUUGAUAACUCAAUGCCCCCUGGGACUGCUUAUGUUGAGCUUCUGCAGAUGGUCAAACAAGAUGAACUCCAAGGCUACCAGAAGCUAUUGACCAACAUGAUCAAAGUGGAAGCUGAAUCUAUGCCACGGGGUUUGGGUCACACUUCAUCAUCACAUGAGAGGAAUUUGCGAUCCAUCCCAAAAUUUUUGACGUCACAAUAUGAGAAGUCGAAAUCACCUGGAUUGAACCAAGGACUUGCAGCUGGAAUGCUGUUUAGUUUCGAACCUCCUUUUGAACAACACGAAGGGAAACGGGCCAGAAAAUAUAUGGUUGAUUGUGCUCGUACAUACAGACAGAUGUUAGAUUCACUACUUCACGAAGUACCAGUGCAGCCGACUGAAUGGCACAGAACAUUACUGCUGCCUCAAGCGUGGUUUUCCUUCAUGAAUCGCGCUUACAAGGCUUGUGUAGAGGGUCGUAAAGCUGAGCUUGAGAUGCAACAUAGUCAUGGUCACAUUCAAGAUACCGAAGAACUAAAAACAAGACAGUCCAAUUGCUGGCUUUGGGUAAGAGAUCAGAUCACUGAACAACUCAGAACAGUAUCAAGAGGUAACCCGUCUGUGCAAGGUAAUUCAGUGCUUGCUUUAGUAGGGCUUGCGCGGGCUGUAUCGAUGAUUGUACGUCAGCAGACUUCUUCAGAGACCACAGAACAGUAUCAGUGGAACAACGAAUGGCUGAGCGUGGUGGCUGACACAGUAAUGGUGGUGUUGGAUGGUAAUUAUAAGCCAAAGGGUCCUACUCUGGUUUGGUGUCAGCAGGUGUCUUCACCCAGCUCCACUGCCAGUUCGUUGUUAGCUCGCUCAUGUGCUGCGUUAUCCUUGUCACUUUUGGUCCCUUGUCUUGUCGUUCUUGACACUGACAGAAUUCACGACAUCACUGUACUGCUGAAGCAAAGGAUUCCAGGACAAUCCAAAUCAGGUAGCUCAGCUUCGUUACAGAUGUCUUGUUCUGUAGGACUUGGAUUGUUGCUCAGCAAGCUCCAUGAAGAGCAUUUCAGUGACGCCUACGGUAAAGAGGGCUAUCCACUGAUGUCUACAGCUUUAGAUGUCUUGGAGGAGACUGCCUUUUCAUAUGACUUGGAUAACACGGAAGGCGCGUGUCUCGGUUUUGGACUCGUUGUGUCCUCUUUGUGUAAAGAGGGUCUUGCUGACUCCAGGGAUCACGUCACAGAUCUUUAUCACAAACUUGUUGACAGGCUAAAUGAGCAAUGCAAAGACCCUGGUCAAAAACUUCAGUGCCUGUCUUUUAGUGUGGCUUGUGUUUGUGUGUAUGCGUUCCACACCGGCCUGCUGUCUACCGAUCAAGCUUUGCAGUGCAUUGAUAACAUUCAAACGUUGUCAAGCAAACACCCAGAGUUUUGCGGUAUUUCUUUAUCUCUCGGGUUGCUUCUUCAUGGACUUGUAUCUUGUGGUCAUGGUGGAGCCAUUGAGUUGGCCAGACAAGCUGGCAAUGAUUGGCGAAGUGUUCUUGAAAAUAAGGAUGUUUUUGAGCGACGGCAACUGUCAGCUGUGAACGGAAUCGUAGCUCUACUUGGUUCUGAGCAGGGGUUGUUUACCAUGGAUUCUUCUACUUCUGACGUCGUGUUUUCUAAAAAUGGAGGAAGCGUCAUUAAAUAUCUCCAAAAGCUUGUCUCAUCGCCGGAAGAUUUGGGUCUCAGUUUUAAUACAGCCUGGCUUCUUGGUCAUCUGUACAACGCAGUUACUUCCAGUUCAAUCAGUAAUACAAGUGCUCCGUUAAAUUACAGUUACCUGUCAGAGGGGAGUAUUUUGCGACUGCUCUUUGAUUUUCUUGGCCAGGCUGGGAAGAUAGGUCCUCAUUUGAACUUCGGUGAAGGAAGAGUACCCGCAGUGUUAGAAUCACUGGUCAGCGUCUCCCAUGUGGCACUGCCACCAGUGAAUUGGUUGUCAGUACUAGGACCAAUCAUGACAGCCAAUUUUGGGGAGGAUACAAGAAAAUUGUGUAUCAGGCUUGCAGUCAAUCAAGCCCAGUCCUCCUCUACUCUGUCCUCGUUCUUGUCGUCUCUGCUGAGUAGUGUGUCGUUUAUGGGCCUGGGGGAUCUGUGCAAAAGAGAGCUGCUGAAGAAUUUGUCAAGACUGGUUUAUGUCAUUUCUUCCUCCAAGAUGAAAGAGUUCUAUGAGGAAGGGUUAACAGAGCUAUGGAGAAAAAGCACGGACUGUACCCUGAGAUCGACCAUUUUGGAAGCUUACCUUUCAGUCCUUUGUUUAAAAGAACCACCUGCGUCUGUCGUUGGAUGGACCAUAACGGCCCUUGAGCGCAUGUUUAAUGCCCUUGGUGCAGAGAAGAGUGAGAGUGAGUGUUUGAGGUUGUUUUCUCGCUGUUUUGCACUGAUCCCUAUUGAAAACGUGGAACGCAUUUUGCCGAACACACAAGUUACAAACACCAAAGAUUUCAUUCUGCGUUGUUACGCGGUUCAAGAUGGUAUAGCUCCGGUGAAGUGGCUUGCUCCAUGCAUUGACUUUAUUUUAAAUACUGAUCUCAUUGGAAAAAGGAACAAGGAAUUGUUUUGCAGUGUUGUCCCUCUUAUAAUUGAUUCUUGCACCAAAAUGAAGUAUGACGAGAGACAGCAUUGGUUUGUGGAACUGAUUGGUCAGUUUCAAAAUGCAGUUCAGCUUUCUUUGGAAACUUCGUCACAUCAGACCUUGAUGAAUUCUUUGACGUUAUUGUCACUUGUGUCUGCUGCUUGGUGUGACUUGCCUAUACUUCAAGGCCUCGAAUUACCCGUUUCGACUUGCCCACCCGUUGAUGUGGAAUGUUGUUACUCAAUUGAAAGGUUUCCAUGGCUACUUCCUCUAACAUUGUCGAAUUUGUUGGGGAAGGAGCCCUGGAGGCAAAUCGCGGAAAAGGUAAUAGACUGGCUGUUAUCCUUAAGAGGGGAUCCUAGGCUGAAAACCGCUAAUGUACACUACAUGCUUAUACAAGAUACACUUAUUUCGUUGCGGGAGACAGACGCAUAUAGAAAACCAGCCGUGUGGACUAAAUUAGUUGCUAAACUCCACCGUAAAUAAAUAAAGGAGGACUAGGCCAGGGAUAUCUUGGAGCUUUAUGGUCCAUUUGUUGAUACACAUUGAGAAGCUGCUUUAAUUUCAUCAGCAUUGAUUGAAUGCCACUGUCUUGAUCAUGGUUGCGAUCAAAGGCAGCAGCAAUAUGAGAAGUUGCACCCUGGGUUACGCAGUACUGCAAAAAAUAGCGAAGAAUGAAAUGCCAGUUAAAGUAUGACUUUAUGUCGUGAGCUUUACAGUGGUCGCUAGGGAAUAACUUACCAUUAGGGCACAGGUUUUGAGUGGUAGGCUUGGCCGUGCACUCGUUAUAUCACCGAGUUCAAUUGAAAACUGGACAAGUAGUCUUGUGUUAUUUGACUCCAAUCUAUUUAUAGCGAACCUCCGUAAUGUUCUUUAAUUUUCAAUUUUAUAACCAUCUCAGUGUAUUGCGAGAGGUUAGCUGAUAGUACUUCUUCUUCCGUUAAAAAUCUAAUUUUGUUAAAGCUGUUUAAUUCAGUUAUUGUAAGGGUAGAACAAACAAAUUUCAUGCCUGAUAUGACCUGACGACUUACUUCCUGUCGAUUGCCAUUGCGAUCAAUCCCAUGGACACGAUAUCCGUGGACGUGAUGGGGGGCAUGCUGACUAGACCUUGCAGGCUUCUCUUGCUUGUUAGCUUCAUGAGGUAGAAAGUGAUGAUGGUUAACGAUAUUGUCUGGAUGUAGCAGCCCAUUGAAGGCGGGAUUUUGGUGUGCAGCUCCCUCAUUUGAAGCAGCGGCUGAGUGUGGCGUAAACAAAGGUGAAUGGGUAGUAUGAGGAAGAUUUUCAGGUAAAUGUGUGUACCUAUGGUACCAAUUACUGUCUUCAUCAUGGUACUCAUGUCUGUCGUGGACUGGAAACAUUCUAUCCAAUCUGUGAUAGAGAUCACGUAGUUCUUCCUGUUUUGAUCUGUUGUAUAUUAUUGUGUCUUGUUCUCCAAAACUGCUUCUUCUGCUUCGACGAUCUGAACAACUGUUCCUACGGCUUCUUCCCUCUUCAAGGCUAUUCUUCCUACUUCUUGAUGCCAGGAAUCCACUUUGUUUUCCCCUAUCACGUUUGUGAUAAUUUGCAGCAGCUAUACCCAGAUCAGCGCCAAAGUCCCAUUUGUGGGCGCCUACACCUGGUGCAUGCGCUGUGUAAGCGUCAACACCUCUUGGUGAGUGGCUUUUUUUAUCGUCCUCGAUGCUGGAAGCUCUACUUCUUCCUUGGUUCUUUUGAUGGAUGUUGGUGUUUGUGAACCCUUGUGUCCACUCGUAGCGAGGUGGAUUUUCCUCAACCUCUAAGCUUCUCCUUCGCCCUCCUCCAAAACAGUGCGAAUCUUCGUGAUCCUUUCUGUGUUUCUGUAAAUCUUCUCUGCGGUUGUGAUGGUGGUGAGGAUGUUUAGAAGAAUCCUCAUGGCAUGUGCAGGUAUGUUUGUAUUCUCUCCCCUGAGCAUUUCGUGGCAAGUUGCAAAUAACACAGGACAUAAACGCCUGUGUCCUGUGAAUUUCUGAGCCACCAUCUCUUUUGGUCGGUUUUGGUACGGAAGGUAAGGCUAUUGUCGUAAGUUGUUUUGGAGUGUUGGUUGAACUUGCCAUCGGUGAAAGUGAUAUGAUAACAGAGGCAUCAGAAGGGCCUGCACACACUUUCACUGAAGUCUUCUUGUCACUGAUUUCUGAUUUGAUUUUUACCUGAAGUUUUCUGUCGUGAUAUUCAGUCGGUUUUCGUGAAUGCCGUUGCCCGUCACUUGCAUGUUGAUUUUCAUAAAAACUUGGGCACCUUUCGGGAUGAAAAGCAGAGCGCCCUUGGUUUUCGUGAUGUCCAAUAUCUUCAAAGUGAUCUUGCUUUGUAUGCUGCAAUCUUUUCAGUGUACUUAGUAACUCCCUCUCUUCUUUUCGGUAAACAUGUGAUUGGACAUCUUUACAGGCCUCAAGGGUUCGUAUCUCUUUAUCCAAGCUGAGCUUUCGGGCCUUGUUGGUAACGUGUAGGCCAUAGAAGUUUCCUUCCGAAAUGUGACGAAUUUGUUUGAGCAUUUUAAAUCGUUCAUCCCAUUUUUAGGUCUUUAUGAGAUGUGUCACUGAAGACUCCUUAUUAUGACGUCAAAGUGGAAAUCUAAUCGAAUUUGCGAGUGCUGUGAGUAACAGCGCGCGCACGAACUGAUGAAUAUGUGGUUUGAAGCGAAGAUUUCUCCUGUAAGUUACGUUUUUAUAGAAACCUUCAAAACUUAGUUUGCCUCUAUAUCAUGCAGCGUGUCGAGGGUAAUUUUUAUCUUUGACUUACUAGACUUUUUCUUAGUUUGACUUUGUUAACCCUUAAUUCACUAAGAUACCCCAGGAUACCUUUGUA